GUCUUUGUGUUUGUUUUGCAGAAAAGUUGCUGUGAAAUUUUCAUACCAAUUUUCAAGGAGACAACACCAAACUUGCGUGUGUUUUUUUGUAUUUUACUCUUUGAGUGUAACCAAAUUCCACCCUGUUGUUGUUCAUGCAAACCAUGAAACUAAUUGAUUACUAGUUGUCUUACCAGAUCCUAUCCAUCACCAUGGACAGUUAAGAAUUCAUGAUAAAAGCACAUUGAAUUGAAUGACUACAUAUUGAAUUACUACAUAGUUUCCCCUUGCAAUCUCCGCCAAAUCUUCCUAUAACAAGAAGAUUCAAUUCCACUAUUCUGAUAUAACUUCUCUCUGUCUCUCUCUCCUUUUUCUUACUGUCCUACUUCCAUACACCAACCUUUUCUUGGCUCAUGGGUUUGUUGAAAUGUAAGAGUGUGUUUUACACACCAGCUAAGGAUGUUGAUUUAAGCCCCUAUAGCAGUGAAUCCUACCUCCAAGCCAAUGUCAAAGCUCCUCGCAUGACUGGAGUUUUGGUCAAGAUUGUCACUCACUUGUUGGAGUGUCCAAUACUUGGAACCUUGCUGUUGUACAUAUUGAAAGGAGGCAAUCUUAUUCACCAGCUUAUUUCAAAUGCAGAGUUAGCAGAGCCACCUCUCUCUGUUCCCUUACAUCAUUUUGAAGACAUAAAAGAAAAAGAAGUCAAACGCUUAGAUCCUUCUUCAUCUCCACCUGAGAAAGUUCAAUUUGCAUUAGAUUGCUUGCCUCUAUCUCCAGCAGAAACACCUAAUGGAACAGAUCCUUUAUUCCGUCGCUGGACGAUAAUGGAUUAUUCCAAUGCUUACAGAUCAGGGGAAAUAACACCAAGCUUGGUUGCAGAACGAUUUGUUGCUGCUGUUGAUGAAUCCAGAAAACCCCCACUCCAAAUGGGAUUCUUUAUUCACUACACCGUUGAAGAUAUACUAAAACAAGCAACUGAAUCAACUCUUCGAUACCAACAAGGGGAACCUAUCUCGGUGCUAGACGGAGUUCCAGUUGCUAUCAAGGAUGAGAUAGAUUGUUUACCAUAUCCAACAACAGGAGGUACAAAGUGGCUGGAUAAAGAAAGGCCUUGUAAAGGUGAUGCUUGCUGCGUCAAGCGUCUAAGGUCAUGCGGUGCUAUACUUGUUGGGAAAACCAAUAUGCAUGAGCUUGGAUCUGGAACUAGUGGGAUAAAUCCACAUUAUGGGCCUUCCAGAAACCCAUAUGAUAGCCAUAUGAUUGCAGGAGGUUCUUCUAGUGGAUCUGCUGCUGUGGUGUGUGCAGGACUCUGCCCGGUUACCCUUGGUGUUGACGGGGGAGGAUCUGUCAGGAUGCCAGCUUCUCUUUGUGGUGUUAUUGGUCUGAAACCGACUUUUGCGCGUAUACCUCAUGACGGAGUUCUUCCCCUAAAUUGGACAGUUGGGAUGGUUGGAAUACUAGCAGGCACUGUUGAGGAUGCAAUGAUCAUUUAUGCAGCAAUCAGUGGCGAAAUUCCAUCCGAUCAGCCUUCCGGUAAAUUGACUAAGAUAAAUCUUCCACUGCUGAGCAUGACAAAGUCUUUAUCUCAGAUCACGUUAGCAAAAUAUGGAAAGUGGUUCGAUGAUUGCAGCGAUGAUGUCAGAAUAUGCUGCUCCCAAGCUUUGCACAAGCUUCAGGAUCGUUACAGUUGGAAGAUUAUAGAUGUCACCAUACCAGAGAUAGAAGCGAUGCGGCUGGCACAUUACAUAACAAUCGGAUCUGAGUGUUCCACUGCCCUUGAUUCUUAUAAGAAAAAGAAUUUUGCAGAAUUAGGAUGGGAUGUAAGGGUAGCACAAUGCAUCUAUGGUGCUUUCAGCGGCAUGGAGUAUCUUAAAGCUCAGAAAAUGAGGAAUCGCCAAUUGCAAAUUCACAUGAAAAUAUUUGCCGAUGCAGACGUCAUUGUCUCACCAACAACAGGUGUGACUGCAUAUCCAAUUCAAGAUGAUGCCUUGGAGACUGGUGAACUUGACUAUGUCAAUGGAGCUGCGCUUGUUCGUUACUCCAUAGCAGGAAACUUCCUAGGACUUCCUGCUGUCACCAUUCCGGUUGGGUAUGAUAAACUAGGUUUGCCUAUUGGCCUUCAGUUUAUUGGAAGGCCUUGGUCUGAAGCAACACUGAUCCAUUUGGCAUAUGCAAUGCAGGCUAUCUGCAUGCCAGAGUACAGAAGGCCAGAGAUUUAUUAUGAUUUAUUAAGAAAAUAAAAAGAAGAAUAGUAGCAGUAGCAUAUUGUUUAUAGCUAAAAGAAAGCAUUGUAAUUUGUCUGAGACAUAUUGGGAUUUCUUUUAUUUUGGGGGAUUUCAUCUAAUAUUAUAUUUGUUGCAAAACAUGAUGCCUUUGGUGGUAACAUACGUUUUCUUCCCUUAUGAUUUCAUUCCAUUGGUUUCCACAUUAGCCUU